AGCAAAUCUAUGAGCUCCUAUAACUAUUUAACCGUUCAAAAUUAUGUCCAUAGACAAACAUGAAGUGAUAUAUAUAUUUUUUAAAUGUACAUGUUGUCAGUGAAGAUAAUCUAGCUACUACUGUUGCUUUAAAAUAGAGAUUGACAGCACAAAUUUACAUUUGUUUCGAUAUAUUGUGCAUCACAUGGUCUCAUUUCCUGCACUGAUACAGGGGCCUUGAAGUUCGGUUUUUGCGUGGGUGGCUACUAGUGUAUUUAAUGCACUGCAUGAGCAAAUUUUACGAAUGAAAUCGGUUCAAUUAGGAAGAGUCAUGGAUCUUAUGUAUUGAUACAGGCAGGGCUGUUGCUGCAUAGCACGUUGAUGAAGAUACGCGAUCGCGUCGUCUGUUUCAAUGGAAUGGUCUCCCAAGCAGAACCGUAAGACACCAAAAUCAGCAAGGGAUCAUACCACGCAGUCCUUGUCAAGUCCCCUGUUCUGUGACAAUGCUCUGAGUCACCUUCCUGUUGCAACAUGUACAUCACAGACCACAGCCCCACUACUGGGGUGGUGACAAUCAUAGUGAUCCUCAUUGCUGUUGCUGCCCUCGGUGUUCUCAUCUGCGGAUGUUGGUGCUACCUGCUCCUGCAGCGGAUUGGCCAGUCUGAAGAUGAGGAGAGUAUUGUAGGAGAGGGCGAGACCAAGGAGCCCUUCCUGAUGGUACCGUACUCCACCAGGGGCCCCCACAUCGAGCACAAAACCAAGCUCACCCACAACGGCACUGAGAAUCACACUUAACUGAGUCAUUAAGAAACCGUGGUCAUCACCUAAUAUUAACCAAGAGGAUCUCCUCAUUCACAUUUCAUCAUCUUUCAUCACGCCAUUGAAGGAUGAUAAACGGACUGCAGCUCAAUGUCAAUGUCUUAGGAAAUGUGAUAUUUUUGUUUCUCAUUCCACUGUGUGGAUCUCAGUCAGGAUGUGAGGUUGUGAACAGUUCAUUGUUAUGUUUCUUAAGUGUACAUAUUUUGAACACAAAAAUGUACAUCUAAUUGAUAUUGAUAGUUUUUGUUAACUCAGCAAUCCACUACUGAAUUUUGACGAUAGACACAAGACAGCGCUCUGACCAAAUGAGUGGGCCAAAACUUCUUCAGAGCUUGUUGGAAGAAUGUAUGGCAAAUUGAUGACAAAACAAUUUACUUAAUAUCAAGUUGCUCAAAUUAUUUGAAAUUAGCUUAAUUUUUAUUUGUUUAUUUUGCAUAGUUGAACUUGGUUUUGUUUUCUCCUUUGAUACACCAUCAUAUUUCACAAGCACAACAGGGUCUGAGUUUUAGUGAGGUCCGCACUCUAAAAUACUAUUUGGAGAACAGCGAAAAUUUGGCCAUGAUUGCUACACCUUUAGAUAGCUGGCUAGACUAAUUUAACAAUCUAAAAAAAUGUAAUUGACAUGGGCUACUUGAGUGACAGUCAGUGAGAGACAUAUAAGAAGAGGGAAACUGCUGAUUCACAACCAAGUUAGAAAUUGCACCUUGUGUAUUCUACUAUUCCAACUCUCAACAGUAAGUUGAGACCCCAACUGUUCCUAAAAAAUUAUAGAUUAUUAUAUAUUUUUAUAAUGUUGGCAAGGUCCGUACCUCGGUGUCCUCAUAUGUAGCUACAACACAGUAGCUGCUACAACUGACAUGGGUUGAGAAGUCCUACCAAGAAGCUACCAAGAGCCAAUUACAUAUUUUCUAUAUUCAAUUGCAACAUAGGAAAUCCUGAUGACCAGAUUCUAUGGUAGCUGACCAGGUUGAUAUUUGAUGAAACAAUGUUAUAAAGUAUUGUGAAAUGUAAAUAACAUUAUGAAGGCUA